CUCUUUCUCUCACUUUGAAAAUCAGUCUUUUCUUUGUUUAUUGCCACAACCAAAAACCAUUACUUUAUAUAAUAAUAUAAGUUAAUGCCCUGAUUCAACAUGAAAUAUAGUGGAUCGGUAAUUGACACAAGAGCAGAUCAAAUAUCCUUACACAAACGAUCAUUUCCGAUAUGUCCCAAAUGCAACCAAACAUGCUUGAAAGAUGACCAUUCAGUUAUGAAAGCUUUUAAUCAAGUAUACCAUAACCAAUGCUUCGUUUGUGAGGAUUGUCAAAAGCCCGUAGCAGAUAAAUAUUUUUUAGUUGAUGACCAGCCACAACACCAGACAUAUCAACAGCGUAAGAAGUUAGUCUUAUGUGAAUUUCAUCAUUUGAGUCGAUUAGGUUUAAUUUGCUUGACGUGUAACCAACCAAUUACUGCUACAACAACCGCUGCAUACAAUUACCAUCCAGAAUGUGUGCAAUGUCCCCUCUGUACAACCACGACAUCAGAUCAAUAUGAAUUUAAAGGCAAAAGCUAUUGUAGACUACAUUUUUCGUUAAUCCCAGAGACGCAUUGUGCAGGCUGUACACAAGCAAUAUUAGAUCAAUAUAUAGAGCAUCAAAGUCUGCCCAAUCAGAUAUGGCAUCCUGAAUGCUAUAUGAUUUUCAAAUUUUGGAGCGUAAAGUUGUUACCAGCAACUUAUUGGAAAGCAUCAGAUGUAGCGAACCUGAUUCACAUUCAAGAACAAACACAGAAGAUUGUGUCACGCGUUUGGACAGAUGUAUCUUCCUUCGAGGAAUCUUCUGCCAAUUGUAUAUCAGAUAUGCUUUUGAACGUGGCUGCUGGGUCAUUUAUAGAGGGCAUGAAAAUGGCAAACCAUUUCGUCCUGCAUCUCGAGAUACUUCUAAAUGGACUAAACAUUUUGAACAGAUAUUUAUUAUUACAAAAUCAAGAAAUACAGUGCAACGAAGAAUCGAUACUGAUCUGUAAACAGAUUAUACAAUUUUUUCAAUUACUCAGCACGCCUGCAGAACAUGACGGUUCAAUAACACAAGAGCUCCUAUUGUUAGUGACCAAUUUGGCACAAAAUUUGAAGUUAUUAAUUAGAUCUGGACUUUCGACAGCACUACGUUUGGAACGCGAAUAUGGAAUUAAGGAUGCGACUAUUGAAUUUCUCGAUCAACUAUCAGAGUUGGACAAAAGGCGUAUUUGGAUAGCAGGAAGACCUAUGUUUAAAGAUAUGCCUAAUCCAUCUGUCGACAUCGCCGGAAUACCUGUAAUCAAAUGUAACGUUUGCCACCAAGACAUUGCAAACAUGGAUUAUUUUGUGUGUCAGCAGCAGACUUGGCAUGUAAAUUGCCUAAAGUGUGGCAUAUGCUCGCAAUCACUGAAUGAAAAAUCCACGUUAGUAGUAGCAGAUACUCCCUACUGCCGUUCAUGCUGUAUUGACAGUGAUAGUACGAAAAUAAGAUACUGUAAACUUGUAACACCACUGGAACAUAGCUUAGAAAGGUUGAAACUGUUCUUGGCUAAAAUGUCGUUCGAUACAACAGCCAGUCAUAUCACCAUCCAAAGCCAGCCAAAUAAUGCAACUAUCACUGAGGAGAACGAAGAAAAAGUGGAGUUGAACAAAAGCAUUCCAACAAAAGUGAAACGUCAACAUUCAUUGUUACGAAAGCUCAAAAACAGAGUACAGGAUCAGCAAUCAAUAAAUACUCCUGGAAGAAGAAGUUCUAUCAAAAUCGGCCGCUUUGGUCGCCAAUCAAUAAACAGUGCUGAUACUGUCAAUAAAAGGCCAGUAGUUUCAGAGAAAAAUAGUAAUAGCAUAUUCAUAGAUACUGCCACACCGUUAUAUCCUAAUGGGGAGUCCUCAUCUAUUUCCCCUACAAGUCUUGAACAGCACACACCAACAAUAGUCGCGUCUCCAAUAACACCAUUGGCCCCACUAUCUGUUACCUCGCAAAAGGAAAACAAUCUCUAUACUAGCUUCCGACGAACAUUCAGUACAGACAGCCAACGAAAGAGACGAAGUUCGCUGAUAAACGUUUUUGAUAGACGCAAAAGAAAAGAAUCCAGAAGAACGUCGGUGUCAACUGUUGAUGAAGCAGGUGCCACUACUCUCUUCGAAAACAUGUAUUUUCCAUAUCUGACAACCUCUCAAGAUUUUAUCGUACGAUAUGCAUCUAUAGUCGCUCUCCAACCGCUUAUGUCACCACCUAUUCCUUUCAAUGAAGUACUUUCUUUUAUCAAUUCUAAUACAAAAAAAAAGAACAGUACCAAUUCACGUAAAAAGACAGUAAAUACAGCAUUAUUUUAUACAUGGGAACGACUUUUGAUGAAGAACUUCAAACCAUCAUCCUCUCUGCUAUCAUCACCAAUCCACAAAGGGGAAAAAGUGCCAGUUCACAAAACGAUCGGAAUACCGCUAUCUGUUAUCGCACUUCGCGAUUAUGAAUUAGAAUUAAAACGAAGAAAGAAAAUACCAGAGAAUGACAAAAAAGGCGUUGCUCUAUUAGAUAUGAGUCCAGCUUUUAUUGCAUGUUUAUCUGAUGAGGCAUUUAUACCAUCGUUUGUCAAAGGUUGCAUUACGCUUCUUUUGAAAUCAGACAUAUCAACUGAAGGUAUUUUCCGUAAGAACGGUAAUAUACGUCAAUUACGUUUAUUAUGUGCAUCAAUAGAUGAGUUAGAACCUGUCAAUGCGGAUCAAGCAACUAUCGAAAACUUACUGGCCAAUGAAAACUCAAUUCAAUUAGCAGCCCUACUAAAAAAAUACUUACGCGAACUACCAGAGCCAUUACUGACAUUUUCAUUAUAUGAGCUAUUUAUCCGCUGUGGGAGAAUCGAAUCAAAAAAUCGCAAAAGAGCGCUCCAUCUUGCGUGCUGCUUAUUACCAAAACCAAAUCGGGACACGAUGCUACUCAUUUUCUGUUGUCUGAAAUGGGUGUCCAGCUUCAGUGAAAUGAACAAAAUGAGUAUCACUAAUUUGGCCCGCGUAUUUGCCCCCACCAUUCUGUUUGGUAAGACUGCAGUAUCUAACAGUGCAGCUGAAGAAGCAAGACAGAGUGCCGAGGAAGAAAUUAAUGUGAUUGAAACUCUGAUACAGGAGGUGGAUGAGAUCUCAAAGGUACCUUCUGAUCUGGCUACGAUUGCAAUAGACAAUGUGUUUCAAUUUGAUAAAAAGGACUUUAUUAAGCAAUACCAACAAUUGCUUGUUUCAGAUUCUGAUGUAACCCAAAAAUCCUCCAAAAGCAACCAUUUUAAUGCUUUCAUCAGGAAGUCUAAGGCAUUUGAAAGUUGUCUACAAUUAUCAGAUAGUUCUGGCCCUGAGAAAACAGAUACGUUGCUCUCGCCAGCAAGGUCGGAAAAGGAGACCAGUAUACGGCGUAAACAACGAAGGAAAUCCUGGUUAUACACAUUUUCUCAUCACGUUGUUGCGUUAUAAAUUCAAUAUGUCGCAUGAAGAUUGGACAUAAACAUAAUGAAAUAAAAGGAUUUCGUACCUCGUUAAGUAAUGCGAGUUACUAGAUUCACUCAGGACAUUCUAUAAAAAUGAUGGACAUAGAUAACUUCUCAGCAUUUGCUGAUCCCUUGGUUUGUUUGUACUGCUGGU